CUUCUCUCCACAACCUCGAGGACUGUCAGUAGUCCUCGAUAUGACCUUCACGAAGUUACGACCAGCAUAACGAAUUUCCUGCCUUUUUCGCUGCACUUUUACUAUUUCACUCUCUUUGCUAACAUUAGUUGCAUAGAGCCUUCCUCCUUUCUCUUCGAAAUCGUCCCUGCCCCGCGAACGCCUCACUUCUUUGCCCACAAGUCCCUAGCACCGACAAGAUGCCAGCCGCAGAAACGACGAAAGUUGUCCCACUAACCUGCCAUGGCCAUUCGCGUCCUGUUCCCCACAUUCACUUCUCGUCCAUCGUCGACGAAGAUCAAUACUAUCUUAUUUCGGCAUGCAAGGACAUGAAUCCGAUGCUGCGCGACGGCAUCACUGGAGAUUGGAUCGGCACAUUUCUUGGACACAAGGGUGCUGUUUGGCAAGCCCGCCUUUCUUCAGAUGCUACAUUCGCAGCCACCGCAUCCGCCGACUUCUCUGCUAAAGUAUGGGACACCCAUACCGGCGAAGCACUGCACACCCUACAACACGACCAUAUCGUCCGCGCGAUUGCAUUCCCGAACCAAGUUCAACCGCAGAUUCUCGCUACCGGUGGUAUGGAGAAGAAACUCCGCAUUUUCGACCUUUCCCGCAGUACUAGCACGUCUUCAUCUCCCACGCAUAGCACAGCAUCCUCGGCCACUCCCCCAAGCUACGAAAUCGGGGCGGGCAUACACGGAGGCACCAUCAAAUCAAUCGUAUGGGCGGCGGAUUCAAGCGUCUUAAUAACCGCGGCGGAGGAUAAGAAAAUUAGGUGGUGGGAUCUGCGGACACAGUCAACAAUUGGAGAAUAUGCAGUCGAGGGUGUGGUUGGCACGUGCGAGCUGGAUAAUACUUCGGCGGAAGGCGUCCUGAGCGUUGCGGCCGGAAAGAGCGUGUACUUCUUCGACAGUAAAUCGCCGGGAAAGCUGCUCAAAACGAUAAAGACUCCUUACGACAUCGCCAGCGUAGCGCUGCACAGUACACAGCGGAAGUUCGUCACCGGUGGCAGCUCCCAGAACGACACAUGGGUGAGGGUCUGGGACUUCGAUGACGAAAAGGAGCUCGAAACAAACAAGGGCCACCAUGGACCGAUUUGGUCUGUUAGCUUCUCUCCUGACGGCAAACUCUACGCCACUGGCAGCGAAGAUGGAACUGUCAAGCUCUGGAAGUUCACGACUGGUCCAUAUGGGCUCUGGAGGUGAGAUUUGGUGACAUUGGUGGCGAUGACAAUCCCACACUGUAAAGCUCUAGAAUACGCCCUAAAUAGCAGUCCAAUUGGUCCCCUAAUGCAAGAUGCGCCGUUCCAUUGAUUUAGCUACCCUGUGUAAGAGCCUCUAGGAGUCACUCUGACAAGCGAAAUCGGUUUCCGGUAUGCAUUUCGAUUUGUUCUUAGGGCACGGUCUCCUUGACAGGGAUACUAUCUAUUUUGGGUUAGUGCGCAGCAGAGAUUACUCCCUCAUCAGUCCUGGUUUCUAUAUAAAGUUCUGCCCGUUGAACUUUCGAUGCCCUAGAUCCACAAAGUCAUGUGAGCUUAACUUUCAC